AUGUGUCUGGUGAGUUUGGGAGGUAAAAAGCCAAGGCCUGUUAUUACCCAGAAUUCCCCCAGUGGAGAGCUGUACACAGGAGAGAGAGUCACCCUGAGCUGUGGGUUUGGGGGAGAUCCUGCUGGCUGGAAGUAUCUCUGGUACAAAGACACACAGAGACACACUGUGCCCAACACUGACAGCAGCAGGACCGAUGGGUCUAGUUUCACCAUCAGCUCUGCUGCUCUGGCCCACAGUGGAGAGUACCGCUGUAGAGCUGCAAGAGGGAGAACACCUUUUUACUCAGACUACAGUGAUCCUCUGACUUUAGAAAUAUCUGUAUUACCUCAAACACAUCUGACUGUGCAGUCUGGAUGGACAGAGGUCUUCCCCAAUGAAACAGUGACUCUGAGGUGUGUGAUUCAGGGCAGCUCUACAGACUGGAUGUAUAAAUGGUACAGAGAUGGACGGGAGCUUCCUGUAGACAAGGCUAACUCGAGCAGUGUAAAUGGAGACACAUACACAAUCCUCUCUGCUGAUCAGUCACAUGCUGGACUGUACACCUGCAGAGGAGAACUUACAAGGAGAGCAUCUGUACACUCUCUGAUUGGCAGCUCUGCUAAUUUGAGUGUUCAAGGUAAUUAUGAUGUAUUUUCAAAACCAUUGAAAGAGCAGAAUGCAUAUUUGAAAGCAGGUGUCUUGUGAAACCUUCCAUUUACAGCAAUAAACUGUCUUUUAAACUUUCAGCUCUCCCACAAGCUCAGCUGACCGUGCAGUCUGGAUGGACAGACGUCUUCCCCAAUGAAACAGUGAUUCUGAGGUGUGUAAUUCAGAGCAACUCUACAGAGUGGAUGUAUAAAUGGUACAGAGAUGGAUGGGAGCUUCCUGUAGACAUGGCUGACUCCAGCAGUGUAAAUGGAGACACAUACACAAUCCUCUCUGCUGAUCAGUCACAUGCUGGACUGUACACCUGCAGAGGAGCACAUACAAGGAGAGCAUCUGUGCACUCUCUGGUUAGCAGCUCUGCCGCAUUGAGUG